UGCUUCGACACCGAGAACCCUCGCUCAGCGGAUCGUCGAAACCAUUUGCAGAGAGAUGGGUGAGGAAGAAGCAAAGGGAGGGCUCGUGGUGCCAGAGUCAGUGUUGAAGAAGGCAAAGAGGAGCGAGGAAUGGGCUCUAGCAACAAAACAAGAGUUUGAAGCAGCAAAGAAGAAGAACGCAGAGAACAGGAAGCUGAUCUUCAACAGGGCUAAGCAGUACGCGAAGGAGUAUGAAGAGCAGGAAAAGGAAUUGAUCCAAUUGAAGCGUGAGGCGAAGUUGAAAGGAGGGUUUUAUGUUAACCCUGAAGCUAAGUUGCUGUUUAUUAUUCGGAUCCGUGGUAUCAAUGCAAUGCACCCAAAGACCAGAAAGAUUUUGCAGCUCUUGCGUUUGAGACAGAUAUUUAAUGGUGUCUUUCUGAAAGUUAACAAGGCUACAGUGAACAUGUUGCAUAGGGUUGAGCCUUAUGUCACAUAUGGUUAUCCCAACUUGAAGAGUGUGAGGGAGCUAAUUUACAAGAGGGGAUUUGGGAAGCUAAGCAAGCAGAGAAUUGCAUUAACAGAGAAUACGAUUAUUGAACAGGCUUUGGGCAAGUUUGGCAUCAUAUGCAUUGAAGAUCUUAUUCAUGAGAUAAUGACUGUUGGACCGCAUUUCAAGGAGGCAAACAACUUCCUGUGGCCAUUCAAGCUCAAGGCUCCAUUGGGUGGCUUGAAGAAGAAGAGAAAUCAUUAUGUUGAAGGCGGAGAUGCUGGAAACCGUGAAGAUAAAAUCAAUGAACUCAUCAGGAGGAUGAACUAGGAUUUUGUGCGGAGUUUUGCUUUAAUGAAUUGAGGUUUUUAUCUGCUUUAAUGGUAUUCUGAAUUUAGUUUUCCCAUGCAUAGAACAGCUUUUUUUGUUGCUGA